GAAAGUAAUAUUGCAACAACUGUUUAGUUUCCUGCCAUUUUCAAGUGUUAAUUCUUGUCAUAUUAUGUAUAUCUUUCACUUUUGAUACCAUAGUUUAUGCAGUCUCUUGUAGAUGCAUGAUCAAAAGUUACACUAGAAGGAGAAAUUAAGUUAUUAUUAUACUACUAAGAUUUAUAAGAAAACUGUUUUUUUUUUUUUUUUUUGUGCAUGUCUUUGGAAUAAUUUAAUUGAUUUUUGAUUCUCAACAAUUGCAAAAGAAAUAGGAAGGAGAAGAGACAGAAAGUUUUUAGUUUAUGGCAAAAAAAAAAAAAAACUCAACCGACAGUGCCCUUCUUCGUUCUAUCUUUUUCCUAAUUUUACAUAUUUUACUUUCUCAGAAUGAACUAAAAUUGAUUAAUGACUAUACUUAGAAUAAUUGGUUCUGUCUUUUACGAUACUUCCAGCAUUGAAGAUAAGUUGAAUUAAAUCUAUAUACUGUGUGGAUUGGGAUUUUUAAAUUAGAAAAUUGUAAUUGUAAUCUACAUAUUAAUUAAACUAUUAAACAAAUAAUAUUUGUUAAAAGUUAAAACACAUCCAUCAGGAAAAAGUAAGGAUAUGAUCAAUGAAGCAUACCCAUUAUUGUACCCUGCCGACUUGAUUUUUUUUUUUUUUUUUCAUCGUACCCUGCCGACUUGACAACAGCAAAAUAAAGAAAUUUCAAUUUUCCAAAAGUGUGUCAUAACUUUUGAGAGAAAUAGGUAAAAGUUAAAGGUGUAAAGUAAAUCAAGUCGUGUUUGUAAGGAGUACUGUGCUGAGCUUUCUGAUACUGCUUAGUUGUCAGCAUCAUGUAUUCAUAAUUGGCUAAAUUAGAAUAAGGAAAAGACGGCACCCACAGCCCACAGGUGUGGCCGAGUGAUCGUGUAUCUGCCUAAUCCUUAGUGGGCAGAGUUAUCCGAAAUUUGUAUUGGUGGAAGCCGGAAGGUAUGAGGUACCAGGUGGAGUUAUCCGAUAUUUGUACCGGUGAUAGAUAGCAGAUCGGUCGAAUAGUCCAGGGGUUCGAGAAUUCAUGCACGGUGUAGCAAAUGGAAAGACAGCUUAAGCAAGGUGAAAGAAAGAGAAUCGAGAAUGAAGAGCUUGUCAAAUACAUGUCAAGUUUGCCUAGUUUUCUGGAAAAGGGGGAAAAUCUACAGGACAAAGCUUUCAGUGUCGGCGUCCUAGAUUGGCGCUUUCUUGAAAAAUGGCAAUACGAACAUGUAAACAUACCUUGUAGAAGUAGUGUGUGUUCACCGUCAAGCAGCAAUACCUUGUCAGUUUCCUCGAUGGAAGGAUCUUCAUCUAAUUCUAGUAGAGCCCGAAGCUGCUCCCCUUCUCGUAGGAAGAAUCAACAAAGAAAUCUGCUAGAACUCAGCAAAGAUCAACACCCACGGAGGACUUCUCGUGUUAGGAGAUCACUUGAUGUAGAGACUGAGACGAGAACAUCAAGUUCAAAGGGGAAUAUGAAGAUCCAAGAUAGAGAAUGUUUAUCAAAACAAGAGGAAGGGUUUGCAAUAUCAUGCCAUAGAGUUGAUGAUUUUGUUUGCAUAGAGAAGCAUAAAUCAGUUACCCUUCAAGUACCAGAACCUGGCCAAGAAACUAACAGCUGCACAACUUACUGCCCACCUGAUUCAGUAGUGAGAAACGAGGGAGCGGUGAAACCAAGCAGGCGGAGCUUUUCUUGUGGAUUUAUUUCUGCAUUUCUCCCUGCUGAAGCUGGUGAGUCGAAGAUGGGACAAGCGAGUUCAGUAGAUGCAAAGGAUACUAGCUCUUCAUCUCAGACAAUUCAGCCUUCAUCAUAUUCUGUAAAAAGAUUUUCCAGCCCACCCAGAGUGAAUUACAAACUAGAGAAGAAGUCAACUGCGACGCUUAACAAUCCAGUUGCCCCUAGUUCUUCGGAAACUACAAAAGUCAGAAAUUCCUCUCCAACUCGUCGGCUUAGCAUGGCAAUGGGAAGGAUUGGCCAGAUGUCUGGUAUAAAAGAUUUGAUGACUGUAUCACAAGGUGUCAAAUAUCCUGCAGAACAAUCUGGUUCGAAUAAAGCUCAAACUUCAUCCUCUCUUGAUACAGGCUGUGAUAAAGCGGACCCCACUAACCGAGCCAGGACUAGUCCUUUGAGAAGGUUGCUAGACCCACUGCUGAAGCCAAAGACAGGCAACUCUGAUAAUGUUAAACGUGGUGAACCUCCCACAAAACGCUCAUUGAAAGUCAAACUGGACUUGAAGGGCUGUAGAGAUGUUGAUAUCAAUGAUCCAUGUUCUAAAGGUACAAAUGUACCAUCAAAAUUGCAAGCUCUCCUCCAAGUAGCUGUGAAGAACGGUCUUCCUCUGUUCACAUUUGCAGUUGACAAUGAAGUUGACAUUUUAGCAGCCACAAUGAAAAGAUUUAGUUCGACGUUGAAGGAAAAUAGUUGCUGGAUUUAUACUUUCUUCACCAUUCAUGAGACGAAGAAAAAGAGCGGAAGUUGGUUAAAUCAAGUCGGAAAAAACACAGGUCGUGGAAUUACGCCUAACAUCGUUGGCAAGAUGAAGGUUACUGACAUUCCAUUCUCCGAAUUAAACAGGGAGAAACUUGACUCACAGUAUAGAAUUAGGGAGUUUGUUUUGUUCGCCACAGAUUCAAGGCAUCAACCAAAUGAUGAGCUUGCAGCUAUUGUUCUCAAAGUACCCAAUUGCCAUCAGGAUCGCGACUGCAGCAAUAUUUCAGCCUUAGGUUUAACAAAUCCUUUUGAGGAUCUUAGCAUGACAGCUAUACUUCCUGGUGGUGCACAUAGCCUACCUAGUAAAGGGGAGCCUUCUUCACUGAUCGAGAGAUGGAAGACAGGUGGAUUGUGCGAUUGUGGUGGAUGGGAUUUGGGUUGCAAAAUAAGAUUACUUAUCAAUCGCACUAAUCCGCCAACGAUAUCCAGUUAUCCCAAACCCAAACUUACUGCUGAAAAAUAUGAACUUUUAUCCGAGGACAAUAAGCCAGUCUUAAGCUUGUCCACGUUUAAGGAUGGGAUAUAUUCAGUUGAGUUCAGUUCGUCGUUGAAGGUUCUACAGGCAUUCUCCAUUUGUAUAGCAGUUUUAAAUGGUAGAAAUCAAGAAAUCUUGCAUAUGCAAACUUGAUUGCUGAAAAGUUCUGAUGAAGUAAAUCCUGUUGCCAGAAGAUACUGAGAGAGCCCAAUUGGAGUUUUCUGCUAAAUUUUUCUCAAUUCCUUCACUUUCCCCUGUUGUAAAAGUCUAUGAGACUUGCUACCAAACAUGGUGAAACGUCAAACCAAGGUUCUAUAGUUUUUUAUUUUUAUUUUUAAAGUUCUAAAACUAUAGUUAAGCUUGUAGAACAUCAGUCCAUAAUUGAUAAACCGAUAAGGCAUGAAGUUGAAUAAGGAUAAGGCGGAGUCAGAGGCGGAUCUAGUGCAAAUUUAUGGGUUCAAAAUAUGUGAUCUUAUUAUAUGUAUACAUUUGAUAAAUA